AUGGAAAGCACAAUUGAUGCUCAUAUUCCCAAGUCUGAAAAUCCCGUAGAACCUAGUACUAUUUCUACGAGAGAUGGAAAUUCUGAACCGAAUGAAUCAAACGAAACCUCUCCCGUGACGGAAAAGACAAUGGUAACACCUGAAACCCAACCCCAGUCAAUAUCCCCAAUAGAAUCCCAUGCUCCUACUUCAACGAUACCACCAGCACCAACUGAAAAUAUGCCAUUAAAUGGUGAAACGCCAGUGGAUGAACCCAAAAUUGAAGUGGUUGCAAAGAGUUACGCUACAGUUUUGAAGCAAGCUACGGAAGCAGACAACACUGGAACUAGUUUACCGGCAAAUACGAUAACUGCGGAAGCAGAAACAGAUUCCAAAGAAUCGACAAAUCAACCCGCAGAUCCAAGAUCCGGAAAUGAUUCCAUACGGACAACGAACUCCAAAUCAUCCAUCACUUUUUCAAACGGUGCAAGAUCAGUGGAUCCCAGCUCCGGUUCAGAAGAUGAUUUCAUAACGAGUCCACAUGGCAAGAAUGCAAUUGUAGAGCGAUCACCCGGAGAAAGAUAUGUACGGUUUAUGGAAAAGCUAGGUAGCGGAGCGUCCAAGGAGGUGUAUCGAGCCUAUGAUACACAAGAGGGCAUUGAAGUAGCUUGGAACGUUGUACAUUUGGCCGGAGUUCCUCGGAAUGAGCGAAACCGGAUCGUCAAUGAAGUACAGCUUCUCGAACGGUUGCACCAUCACAAUAUCAUUAGUUUUCAUGGAUCCUGGGUGAAUCGAGCGCAACAACAGGUCAAUUUUGUUACCGAGAUCCUGUCUUCUGGAACUCUAAAGAGUUUUAUCACAAAAGUUCAGGUCAUCAGAUGGAAGAUUGCGAAACGAUGGGCUAUCCAGAUUCUGAAAGGUCUACAAUAUCUUCACACGCAGGAACCACCUGUAAUUCAUCGCGAUUUGAAGUGCGAAAAUAUAUUCAUCAAUGGAACCAGUGGAGACUUGAGAAUAGGAGACUUGGGUCUGAGUACGGUCCAUCGGAAUGGAAGGCAACUGAGUGUGUUGGGAACUCCAGAGUUUAUGGCCCCGGAUAUGUAUGAGGAUAAUCCAUAUGACGAGAAAGUGGAUGUGUAUUCCUUUGGUAUGUGUAUGCUCGAGAUAUUCACCAAAGAGAUACCGUAUCGUGAAUGUAACAACCCUGCACAGAUAUACAUGAAGGUAUCAAGAGGUGAUCCUCCAGAUAGUCUGAAACGAAUUCAGAGUACUCAUGCGAAAGCCUUUGUUGAGCUAUGUCUGGGACGAGUUGAUGAGAAUGGAAAGUAUAUUCGGCCUUCUGCAACCGAACUUUUGGAACAUCCAUUUUUGCAAAAGCGACCGAGCGACGAUGACGAAGUUGAAGUGCUUCCUUUAAUGCAGGAAAGAGCGAUUGCUGAGACUAGCAGUACGUCGACUCCUAGUGUGAAGGCGGCAGUUGGACGAGACCGCUCUUCACCAGCCUCUUCAUCAUCGCAUGCCAAUGAGGGGCUACAAGGUGCAUCCUCAUCCUCACGGCAAAUGCAGCACAGCCGAUCGAAUUCGCUACUUGACGACGGAUCAGAUAGAUUCGAGCUAAUGCCUGAUAGUGAAGUGAACAUCCGGAAGGUCAAAGUUAUGGCGGGUCGUGGGCUCGAGUAUAAGGAUGAAGAUGAUCACAUUGCUCCUGAAAAGGAAGCGCCGGCUGGUCAAAAGGUUCCAAAUGAACCUACUCCAGCAAAUCCUGCUCCGUCAGCUGCCCCAGUAUCAGCUGCGCCUACGAUGCAUUAUUUAGUGGCAGCAGCGGUUAUCGAGAACGAUUCCAAUGCUCAGCCAUAUGAAGAUGAUAUUUUGAAGUUGGUAGUGACGCUUCCAGUGGAAGGUCAGACCCAAAAUGUUCAGUUUGACUUUCAUUUGGUCCAGGAUGACGCAAUCCAAGUUGCAAAGGAGAUGGUGGCCGAGUUGGGAAUACCCCAGGGUGCUGUUCUGGAAAUCAGUGAGACUAUCAGUGGUCUUGCACGUGCAGCGAGAGUGAGCCAAGACAAAUAUCUUGCGAGGCACAAGGGUCAGAAUCAGGGUCAGGGUCACCUCAGAUCUACCCAAAUGCCGUCGGUUUCGUCUCUUCCGGCAAUGCCAUCGAACACGGACAUGGGGCAAAAUAUGGCUCAACAGCCUUCAACUCAAAGUAUGGUUUCAUCGCAGAGCCAUCAAUCCAUGCAUGAACAACAGCAACAGCAAGUUGUUCCGAACCACUCUCAAACAUCGCAGAUGGGGCAAAAUAUGGCUCAGCAUCCUUCAAGUCAAAGUAUGGUUUCAUCACAGAGCCAUCAAUCGAUGCAUGAACAACAGCAACAACAAGUUGUUCCGAACCACUCGCAAACAUCGCACGUUCCGCAAUUAUUGCAAGCGCAAGGAAUGCAGGUUCAAGAGCAGUCUGCUCCUAUGAGUCAUGGUCAGCAUGCUCCGAUGCCAGCACCGAUGCAGUCGCACGGUCACGUGCAACCCCUGGAAAUGACAAAGCAGAAUUCAGACGUGUCUUCGCAAUCAUAUGGACAACAGUCGAUUCCUAUCAAUGCUCAGCAACUGCCUUCACAUAUGAACGCUGUGAAUGCCGGUCAGCAAGCAGAUAGCCACUUGAGCCAUAAUGUUGGUGUUGCUCCUGGACAUGCUGGUCCUUCUGCAGAUACCAACUCUUCGCAUCCGAAUUAUGGGCAACCAAUUCCUGUCCCUUCCCAAAUGGGGAUACGGCAAACUUCAGGGGUUGGCGGCCAGUCUGACGCUCCGUCUCACAGCUCUGCGCAGUCGACUUAUGGGCAACCGAUCCCUGUUCCUUCCCAAAUGGGUGUACGCCAAACUUCAGGGGUUGGCGGCCAGUCUGAUGCUCCGUCUCAUAACUCUUCGCAAUCGACCUAUAGGCAACCAAUCCAUGUUCCUCCCCAGAUGGGUGUACGGCAAACACCAGGGGUCAGCACCCAGUCUGACCCCUCUGCAUACGUACGGCAAACACAAGGGGUCAGUACUCAGUCUGACCCUUCUGCAUAUGCCCAACCUCAACAGGCACCAAUUUCAUCCCAACCUGCACCUCAAUCAAGUGGACAUCACGCGCCGGGCAUGCAUGUAAUGCAGCAACAGCAGAGUGGUUCUGCUGUUGCUCCACAAAGUGGUAUUGUUGAAGCCCCACCUGCGCAAUCAUCUUAUGUUCCACCGCAAGGGAAUCAGGUCCAAGGAUACACGAAUGGAAUCACGUCCCAGGCACCAACACAGCCAGCCUCUCAGCAUCCUCAACAUGUUCCAUUCCAACCCUCCCCGAUGCCUCCUCAGCAACAACCCGUUCAGCAAUCACAAACAGCACCUCAAACACAGCAAUUCGUGCCCGCUGCUGGUGCUCCAGGCUCAGUUGAGGGGACUUUUUCAUCAACUUCACCUCAAGAUGACCUUGCUUCGAUGUCACAUCAGAUGGGAACUGAAACAGCUUUUCACCAGAUGAAUGGAAUGCAUCCGCCUCCUGCAAUGGAAAGGCUGCGUGCACCAUCAGAGAGUGACCAAAUGGAUGAGGAGCUUGCUGUGGAGCUUCGGAAACUCGAUGAAGAGUUCAAAAAGACUGUUAGUCGGGCAAAGAAAGUAUUCGACAGCAGAAUGGACACAAUUUCGAGGCUUCAGCAUGAACGCGAAGCUCUACAUCAGAAGACACUGAGUGAACAUGAGAAGCAAAGGAUUGAGUUUGAGAAAAGGCUGCAGCAAGAAGAAAUGGAGCAGAAUCGAAGAAUCCAACAGCUGCAAAAGGAUUGGGCGAGGAAACGAGAGGAAAUGAAACUAGUCCAAGGUGAUCUAGAAUCACUCGAGAUGGAAUCACCGGAGCACCUCUCAAAUCAUGAUGCAACAAAUCAUGCCCCCAUGCCAAGUGCUCCGGAGGGUCACAAUGAAGAGGGAUGA